UUUCUUUCUCUUCUCUUUUGUCUCUUUUUUAAUUUUUGUGUUUUUACUCGUCGUUCUAAUUGGUUUAUCUAAUCGAUUGUUAACCAAAUUAGAUUUCAACUGUAACCACCUUUCAACAUAUUGACCAGGUAAAGUAGUGAUUCCCUUUAAUUCUUGGUCAAAAUGGCGGAUUUGGAAGCUGUUUUGGCUGAUGUUAGUUAUCUGAUGGCGAUGGAAAAAUCAAAGUCAACUCCAGCCGCACGAGCCUCCAAGAAGAUUGUUUUACCCGAUCCCAGUGUUCGAAGUGUGAUGCAUAAAUACCUGGAUAAAAUGGAUGAAAUCUCCUUCGACAAGAUAUUCAACCAGAAAUUAGGUUUUUUGUUAUUUAAAGAUUUUUGUGAAAAUGUAUGUGACGUUGCGGUACCACAGUUAAAAUUUUAUGAAGAGAUUAAGAGCUACGAAGAACUGGAAACAGUAGAGGAAAGGCGGAAAGCCGCCCGAGGAAUCUAUGACAAUUUCAUUAUGAAAGAACUGUUAUCACAUUCACAUAAUUAUCCUAAAGAAGCGGUUAAUCAUGUACAAAAGUCUCUCAUGAGAAAUGAGGUUCCUGUGACUUUAUUUCAACCUUACAUUGAAGAGAUUUUUAGCCAAUUAAGAGAUGAUAUUUUUAGGAAAUUUAUUGAAAGUGAAAAAUUUACAAGAUUCUGCCAAUGGAAAAAUUUGGAAUUAAACAUCCAAUUAACCAUGAAUGAUUUCAGUGUUCACAGAAUCAUCGGAAGAGGUGGUUUUGGUGAAGUCUAUGGUUGUAGGAAGGCAGAUACUGGCAAAAUGUAUGCGAUGAAAUGUUUGGAUAAGAAGCGAAUUAAGAUGAAACAAGGAGAAACCUUAGCUCUAAAUGAGCGUGUAAUGUUAUCUCUAGUCUCUACUGGUGAAGACUGUCCGUUCAUUGUUUGCAUGACGUACGCUUUUCAAACACCAGAUAAAUUAUGUUUCAUAUUGGACCUUAUGAAUGGCGGUGAUCUCCAUUAUCAUCUCUCUCAGCAUGGUGUCUUCAGUGAACAAGAGAUGAGAUUUUAUGCUGCCGAAGUCAUCCUUGGUCUUGAACAUAUGCAUAAACGCGGUGUUGUGUACAGAGAUCUCAAACCAGCUAACAUCUUAUUAGAUGAACAUGGUCAUGUUCGCAUAUCAGAUUUAGGUUUAGCCUGUGAUUAUUCACGUAAAAAGCCUCACGCUUCUGUGGGCACUCAUGGUUACAUGGCACCAGAAGUAUUAGCUAAAGGAACACCGUACGAUUCAAGUGCAGAUUGGUUCUCCUUAGGAUGUAUGUUGUACAAACUGUUGAAAGGCCAUUCUCCCUUUAGACAGCAUAAAACUAAAGAUAAACAUGAAAUUGACCGAAUGACCAUGACAAUGAAUGUUGAACUCCCAGAUACCUUUUCUCCUGAACUGAAAUCUCUCCUUGACGGACUUCUUUUACGCGAUACUGAUAAAAGGUUAGGGUGUAAAGAAAAUGGAGCGGAAGAAGUAAAAGAUCAUCCAUUUUUCAAAGGAAUCGAUUGGCAAUUGGUUUAUCUACAAAAAUAUCCUCCUCCUUUAAUACCUCCACGAGGUGAAGUUAAUGCUGCUGAUGCCUUCGACAUUGGCUCGUUUGACGAGGAAGACACUAAAGGAAUUAAAUUAUCUGAUUCAGAUCAAGAGUUAUAUAAAAAUUUCCCCGUUGUAAUCAGUGAAAGGUGGCAGCAAGAGAUUGCUGAAACAGUUUUUGAUACCAUCAACAUGGAAACCGACAAAAUUGAACAAAAACGUAAAGCCAAAACAAAAUGUAGAUUUGAAGAUGAGAAAGAAUCUGAUUGUAUACUUCAUGGGUACCUCAAGAAGCUUGGUGGACCUUUCGGGUCGAAUUGGCAUUCAAGGUAUGGUAAAUUAUAUCCCAAUCGACUUGAACUCCAUAGUGAAUCUGUUAACACAAAACCUGAACUCAUAUUUAUGGAUCAAAUUGAAGACAUCUCACCCGAAUAUGUUCAAGUUAAAAAUGAAAAUGCAAUACUUGUCAAAUUAAAAGGUGAACCCGGAAAAGAUACCAAAAUUGUGUUGACCAAUCCUGAUGAAAUCGGAAUUAAGGAAUGGCUUCACUCCUUAAGAUCGACUCACAAAGACUCUGUGGAGCUUCUUGGUAACAUGGCUAAGAAAGCGACCAAAAUUUAUGGAGCCGAAAAUCGUACAACACCAGCCAAUAUUCAGCCUCCCUCAGGACUUAAUACCAGUACCGCUGCAGCUCAUGUGACCAAUGUUUUGAGUAAUCGUAACAGUAAUUGAAAAAUUGUGAAAACAACUCAAUGUUGAUCAAUUAAUUUGGAUCAACAAAAUCAAAAAUCAUCUUUUUUUUUGAAUAAUCGUCUUUGCUGUUAUAUUAUACAACAAAAAGGAGAAAGCAUAAAGUCCUUCAAUCAAAGCUUAAGUGGAGCUUUAAAUUUACAAAGAAGCACCAAAUUGAAACAAAUCAACUCGAUAAGAAGAAUUGAUUUGCAUAGCUACUUCGUUCUAUAUAUAUAAGAGAAUCAACAUUCAUAACAUGCACAUACACAGAAAACAACAACAAAACCAAAUUCAUAACUAACAUUUCACUCAUUAACUUCAUUGAGAAAGAAAACACCGCAUCUUCAUUUUCACAAAUCCAAACAACUUAUACAUACAAAAUACAUAGAGAGAUUUAAAUUCGUAAAAAAAAUCAACCUUCUCUGCUCUUUUUUGCUUCUUCUUCUCUAUGUAACGUAAUAUUCAUUCUCCUCGUUCUAUUUGUAACAUCACCAACAGUUUCUCGAUGAUGUAUGGAUCUUCAUCUUCAUCAUCAUUUUCAUAAUUAUUAUCAUCUUCAUUCUCAUCA